GAGCGUGUCAUCAACGAAGAAUAUAAAAUCUGGAAGAAGAAUACACCGUUUCUGUAUGACCUGGUUAUGACCCAUGCUCUUCAGUGGCCCAGUCUUACCGUUCAGUGGCUUCCUGAAGUGACUAAACCAGAAGGAAAGGAUUAUGCCCUUCAUUGGCUAGUGCUGGGCACUCAUACAUCUGACGAGCAGAAUCAUCUGGUGGUUGCUCGAGUUCAUAUUCCCAAUGAUGAUGCACAGUUUGAUGCUUCCCAUUGUGACAGUGACAAGGGAGAAUUUGGUGGCUUUGGUUCCGUAACAGGAAAAAUUGAAUGUGAAAUUAAAAUUAAUCAUGAAGGAGAAGUAAACCGUGCUCGUUAUAUGCCACAGAAUCCUCACAUCAUUGCCACAAAAACACCAUCUUCUGAUGUUUUGGUUUUUGACUAUACAAAACACCCUGCUAAACCAGAUCCAAGUGGAGAAUGUAAUCCUGAUCUUAGAUUGAGAGGUCACCAAAAGGAAGGCUAUGGUCUUUCCUGGAAUUCUAAUUUGAGUGGACAUCUCCUGAGUGCAUCUGAUGACCAUACUGUCUGCCUGUGGGAUAUAAAUGCAGGACCAAAGGAAGGCAAAAUUGUGGAUGCUAAAGCAAUCUUUACUGGCCACUCAGCUGUUGUAGAGGAUGUGGCCUGGCAUCUGCUGCAUGAGUCCUUGUUUGGAUCUGUUGCUGAUGAUCAGAAACUUAUGAUAUGGGACACCAGAUCCAAUACCACUUCUAAGCCAAGUCAUUUGGUGGAUGCACACACUGCUGAGGUCAACUGCCUCUCAUUCAAUCCCUACAGCGAGUUCAUUCUAGCAACUGGCUCUGCAGAUAAGACUGUUGCUUUAUGGGAUCUGCGCAAUCUAAAACUAAAACUCCAUACUUUUGAAUCGCAUAAGGAUGAAAUUUUCCAGGUUCACUGGUCUCCACAUAAUGAAACUAUUCUGGCUUCAAGUGGUACUGAUCGCCGCCUGAAUGUGUGGGAUUUAAGUAAAAUUGGAGAAGAACAGUCAGCAGAAGAUGCAGAAGAUGGGCCUCCAGAACUCCUGUUUAUUCAUGGAGGACACACUGCCAAGAUCUCAGACUUCAGUUGGAACCCCAAUGAGCCUUGGGUCAUUUGCUCAGUGUCUGAAGAUAACAUCAUGCAGAUAUGGCAGAUGGCUGAAAAUAUUUACAAUGAUGAAGAGUCAGAUGUCACGACAUCGGAACUGGAGGGACAAGGAUCUUAAACCCAAAG